AGCACCUGAACAGGAGCGGCCGACAGCAGCACACACCCAUUGGCCUUUAGGUGGAGGUGGCACACCGUUGGAAGGACGCAGGAGAAAGACUCGUAAAUAACAUCCGCGAUGGCUUUAGCCAGAGAUCCAGGGGUGGUCCAGGAGCAGAAAGACGCGGCCGACCAAAACUUCGACUACAUGUUCAAGCUGCUGAUUAUCGGCAACAGCAGCGUGGGAAAGACCUCCUUCCUCUUCCGCUACGCAGAUGACUCUUUCACUUCAGCGUUCGUCAGCACAGUGGGCAUCGACUUUAAAGUGAAGACCAUCUACAGGAACGAAAAGAGGGUCAAACUACAGAUCUGGGACACAGCAGGGCAGGAGCGCUACCGGACCAUCACCACAGCAUACUACAGAGGAGCCAUGGGGUUCCUGCUCAUGUAUGAUAUCACAAGCCAGGAGUCGUUCUGCGCUGUUCAGGACUGGGCAACCCAAAUCAAGACUUACUCAUGGGACAACGCUCAGGUGGUGCUGGUGGGCAACAAGCUGGACCUGGAGGAUGACAGGCAGGUCCCGACCGCUGACGCCCAAAAAUUGGCCACUGAGCUCGGCUUCCAGUUCUUUGAGGCCAGCGCCAAAGACAAUAUCAACGUGAAGCAGGUCUUUGACAAGCUGGUGGACGUCAUCUGUGAGAAGAUGAACGAGACCGUCAACAGUGAUGUCAGCAUGGCAGCCAAUCAGAAGGGAGAUACCCUUAAGAACACAGCCAACAAAAGUCAGGGCAGCUGCGCAUGCUGAUAGAUGAUAAGAGAAAUUCACAAGAAGGUUUCAAAGGGAACACACACACACACUUCCACAAAUUACCUGAAUAGCCAAAAAUCUGUCAUUAUUAUGUCACUGGAACACUAACAUAAGUGCUUGGCUCCUUUUUUAAAAUUGGUUUUCACUUGAUUUUUUUUUCCUCAACUCGGUGGCAUUUGGAGCACUUCCUCAUUAUUUCAAUGUGGCUUGAGAUGCCAAAGAGCUGCACUAAGCAGCUGUGCCUUUUUGCACAAUACCUCUGCUACGCUUGUACAGUGUUGUGAAUGAACACCUGUUGCAGGUGAGGAUGUCAAUGAAAGGCAGUUACCUCAUGAGCACAGCGAGGGGAUUCACUCUGAUUUACUUGUGUCAUGCUUCCCCCUUGUGGGUGUUACAUGAAAAUGCAUCACUGUGACUCGUCCUCCGUGUGUAUCCCGUUAAUUAUAUAUAGCCCCAAGUUACCUCACUUAAUGUUCGGUACAAAGUCAAACAUACCUGGAAGUUGAGGUCACACCUGAAGGUACUAUGUCAUUCCAGGUGUAUGUGCGUCAUUCACUCUUAGGAAUUUCCUCAUUCCGUUUAAUUUAUUUUUCUUUUCUUCUUGUACAUUUAAUGAUUAUUGUUAGUUCAAUAUUUCAUUUUUCAGAUUUAUUGUGUCCGUGUUGAAGUUGUGAUUAAAAGAUAUGAAUCUA